AUGAUGCAGGAAGUUGUAGAUAAAGUCGUAAAAUGCGAUCCGGCAAAAGGUGUAUGGAGUGUUAAACCAAAUGCAUCUCUGACUGUAUGGUGCGAUGCAAGUUUGCUGGCAAAUAGAGUUAUGAUAACGCAAAGUGACAGAAAGACAGAAGAUGCGACAUGGCUCCGACCAAAGUCUGAUGCAAUGCAUAUCAAUGUGGCCGAAUUAGAUGCAUGUAUUGAAGGCCUAAAUGUGGCAUUGAAAUGGAAUCCAAUUAAUGUCUCUAUUAAAACUGAUUUUCAUAGUGUAUUUAGUUGGUUAAAUUUUGAAUUGACUCGUGACAAACCUGUGAAAUGUGCUGGGCAAUGCGAAAUGUUAAUUCGACGAAGACUUCAAAUAUUUGAAAAAUUGGUCGAGGAUUAUGUCAUAAAUGUAACUGUUACAUUGGUACCAACAACUAAAAAUAUUGCAGAUGAACUCACAAGAGUGCCAACAAAAUGGAUAAAAAACAAAGUUGCAACACAAGAAUUUAAUACCAUUUAUAAGUACGAUAAACAGCAGAUUCGAAAAAUUCAUUCACUAGCACACAUGGGAUUUUCUAAAAGAAAUCUUGCUGUCAGCAAAGUAUGGGAAAGAGUAGCCUGCGAUGUUACUCAUGUUGAUUCAUCGCUAUAUCUCACUUGUAUUGAUUGCGGCCCAAGCAGAUAUACGUUAUGGACACCAUUAGGCGACGAAAGUGCAACUAUGGUUGUUCAAGCGUUAGAAACAAUAUGGUCAACACUUGGACCUUCUUCUGAAGUUCUUCUAGAUAACUCUAAGUCAUUUAGAUCUCAACUUAUGCAAACUAUGGCUGCGAAAUGGGAAAUAAGGCUCGUCUAUCGAGCUGUUGAAAAACCAUCGGGAAAUGGAAUAGUUGAAAGAGUUCAUCAGACGGUAAAAAGAACAAAUGCAAGAGUAAAAUGUGGUAUUCCCAUGUCUGUAUUUUUAAUCAAUAACGUUCCAUCAAAACACGGCACACCUUUUGAAAUAUUUUGCCAACAUCACAAACGAGUUCGAAUUCCUGGAAUCGAUAAAAUCAAAUCAACACAAAAGUCGAUGACAGAGUGUUGUGAAUGGAAAGUUGGCGACAAAGUGUGGGUGAAACCCAAGCACAUAAAGCCGUGUACGCAACGAUGGCUGAAAGGAAGUAUAGUGGCAUUGCAUAAUGGUUUAACAGCUGAAGUUGAUGUCAACGGACAUACGUUACCGCGACAUUUUUCUCAUCUGCAACAUCGUCGUGUAGACACAAAAGAAGAAGAUACAACAGAUGAUUAUGAUUCAACACUAUUUAAACUUCCUGAAACGAGCUCAAAACACAUUGUCAAUAAUGAUCCAAAUCUUCAAAUAAUUCCUCCGGAUAAUGGUAAAAAUGACAAUAGUACGGGCAGCAGAUGGUGA